GGGCGGCCUGCGAGGUGUCAUGGCUGCUGCCGCUGAGUACAGACGCCCGUGCGUCGGCGACGGGAGCCGGGAGCAGAGCUGUAGUCCCAGUCUCUCCCAGGAGGUGCUCGUGGAAGUCGUUCGCUCCCUGCACACCCUGGCCGGGCAGCUUAACCUCCGAGAUGAUGUGGUGAAAAUUGCAAUCGAUUGGAACAAGCUCCAGAGCCUCUCUGCAUUCCAGCCUGCUUUGCUCUUUAGUGCUCUUGAGCAACACAUUUUGUAUUUACAGCCCUUUUUAGCAAAACUUCAGCCUCUGAUUAAAGAGGAGAAUACAACAGUUGUUGAAGAGAUAGGAAAAGCAGAAACAAGGAACAAAAAUGAAGUAGAUGGCAAAUUUCCCAUUGGAGACCUACAGGAGGAAGAAAAGCACAAAGAUUGUGAUUUAGGAGAUGUGAAAAAGACACAGAUCCAUUUUGAUCCAGAAGUAGUUCAAAUAAAGGCUGGAAAAGCAGAAGUAAGAAGUUUUCUUUUUUAUGAAUUAUUUGAAGUUUGUCAAAAUCUCCUACAUUUGAAGUUAAGAGUAUACUUAUACUCAUUUACAUUCUCCUUAGAAAAUAGUUGUGCAAGAACUGAUGCCGUUUUUACCCCUUACCCCGGAUUUAAAAGUCAUGUAAAAGUUUCUAGAGUUGUGAAUACAUACGGACCACAGACUCGACCUGAAGGAAUUCAAGGGUCAGGUCAUAAACCAAGCAGCAUGCUCCGAGAUUGUGGUAAUCAGGCUGUGGAAGAACGGCUACAAAAUAUUGAGGCUCAUUUGCGAUUGCAGGCAGGUGGUCCCGUGCCAAGAGACAUUUAUCAGAGAAUUAAAAAACUUGAGGAUAAAAUCCUUGAAUUGGAAGGCAUCUCUCCUGAGUAUUUUCAAUCUGUAAACUUUUCUGGCAAAAGAAGAAAAGUUCAACCACCUCAACAGAACUAUUCACUGGCGGAGCUUGAUGAGAAAAUUAGUGCUCUCAAACAAGCCCUGCUUCGAAAAUCAAGAGAAGCAGACUCCAUGGCAACUCACCACCUCCCAUGAAAAACUCAUCUCAUCUUCGUCAUUUUACUUUUUUAUAUACUUGUGUGUUACUUACACUGCAAUUAAUUAAAUGGAUAUAUAUUUAUCAAUGUAGACAUCCUCUGAAGUCUGGGUUUAUUUUCACACAAGUCCAGUUUUCAGCAAGUAAUCUUACAAUAUCCCAAUGAAUUAUGUAAUAGUUAAUGCAUUGAACAUAGCAUUGUCAGAAUUUAUUUCCUUCUGUUUUAAAGGAGGUAUUUUGGAAAUUAAGUAACUUAAUUUGAAAAUAUAUCUUUGUGUGAGUUGUGUGUAUGUCCCACAGAAAGAUGUGUUUUGAAUAGUGAUAUUUAAAAGCCAUAUUUAUAUUUAUAACAUUGAUGUUAACCAGUUUAUUAGUUUAAAUUAGUACUUUGUAAUAAUAGGCAUUCAACAAAAAAUUAGUUGACCAAAAUGAAUUUUAAAUGAAUGCAUACUUUUUUUUCAAAUAUCAAUUUUAAUGUAAAUAAACAAUAUAUUCCACCUUUAUUCCCUUAUUGAUUGAUUGUAUGACCUUGAGUAAGUUAUUAAUCUCUCUUUGUGCCUUGAUUUUCUUACCUAUAAAAUGGGAGUGGUAAUAAUAGAGCCUGUUUGUAAUGAAGAACAGGUGAAAUCAUGCAUGUACAACUUUGAAACUGGCCCAAGCAAAGUACUCAAUAAAUGUUAGCUGUUAUUGUUUAAAAACUA